AUGCCCGAGGCAGCCCCUGUUAUCUUCCGAGGGCUUGCGCAGUACAUGGUAGAAUGGGAACUGAGAUCGAAAGUAUGCUCCUGCCUGCUCUUGCUAUCGCUCGCAAUAACUUCCUUACCCACUGCUCUUGCCGCGGGUCGUCUGUAUCCGCUGCUGCCCACGCCGCUUCACUCUGAUCCCAAAGGGCGCACACGUAACGUCACGACUAAAGGCGCCUCUGCCCCUGCGGCACCAUCGAUCUUUAACAGCCCCUUUAACUCCGGCUCUCGCAAGGGAGAGUCCCGCUGA